AUGCAAGACAUAAUUGAUACGUACGAAAUAAUUGGAAAAAUCGAUGAUCAGAAAUCCAUUUCAUCGAACAGUUUGCCCAGCCAUGAGGAGUCUCUCGUUGCAGGGGCGCAGGACGCCAAUUUAGAUAACACGGAUGGGAAAGAAUCAAGUUACAACGAAGGUGGGAGAAUUAUGGAAAGCACGCCGAAUGAGGAAGAGGAUGAACAAGCGAGCAAAGGAAAGGGGUUUGAAGGGUACAAAAUAGAGUGCCUAAAAGGGGACACGGAUAAGUCCCAACGCUGCAAGAUGGAAAAUGUGAAAGGCGACUUUGAGGAGGAGAAAAAAGUUGACAACGUAAAGGGUGGAAGUGAAAACAACUUGGUGAACAUGCACAAUGCUGUUGGAGAAAACAGAAAAAAUGACAAAAUUGAAGGUACUUCAAAUGGGGGUGCUACCCAUGGAGGAAAUCCAAACACUGAGAACAACACGAAUAGAAACCCCAACCAAGAAAAAACGACCCAAAUUGACAACUGGAAAAAUAGUUGUAAAAAACAUUACAAAGUGUUGAUACAUGCGCCUGCCUGCUGGAAGGGAGAAAAGUUUAAUUCCACUCCAUUCAUUUUUGUAUACGAUAAGUCAAGUAACUUUUUUACAUAUAGUGAGUCUCCACUAGAAAUUGAGAAAUACAUAAUCGAUACGAGUGCAGAGGAUUUCGAAAGCAGAGUAUUGACAAUUAUUUUUUACGACUCCGUUUUUGCUUGCACCACUUCAUCCCUUCUUCUGAAUAACAACAAAGGAGACAUUCAAAAUUUCCCAAAGCCCCUGAGUGUGUUCUAUCUCCCUCUAAGCAAGCUAGACUUAUGUAAUGAUUCUGUUAAAUAUAGGUUGGCUCUCAGGACGAACAGCAUUCUUUGCGACGUAAAUAUAAAGGAAGCCAUUAGCUUGUUCAAUAACAAUUCUAAAAUAGCAGGACCAAAUGUAAAUAAGUUCAGUCUACACUUUAUUUUAAAAAAUAGAAACUACUGUAACAAUGAGCCAUAUAGCUACCUAAAUUAUCAGACAAAGUUUUAUGGGUUACCCAGAUCUAACCUCUCAUCCUGUGUGCAAAAGUACACAGGGCCCAGCAUAGAUAGGGCAUCGAGCAACGUAGGAAAUAGGUACUUAACCAAGUCGUCAAAGAGUCAAGUGCAUACAUUUACAAAACACCAGGCGGAUCCAAAUCAGUUUAUUUCCCUUGAGAGGUUAAAAAAUAAAUGGGAAAAUUACAACCAGGUGAAUAAUGAAAAGAGGGCGCCAAACUAUUCGGUAUACAAUCCCUUGAGAAAGAAAGACACCAAACUUACUUCGUACGAUAUACCAAAUGAUAAUGAAUCCUUUGUCAGUAGAGUAAAAUCGGAGGUAGCUCGUCAGGAGGCUGCCAUGGCUGCGAAACGAUUAGCUGGAAAUGAUACUCGGAAGUAUGGAGAAGCGAACAAGGAAAAGGGAAACACAAUUAACAGGAGCAACCCCAAUAGAAAGGAAACUUACAAUACAAGUGGAGAGAUCAACUCGUACCAUUAUGGAAAAACUAAAUCGAUGUACGACAUUAUGCAUGUAAGUAGGGAGAAACUCUCAGCCGAUUUCGACGCGAAGGAUGACGUAUUCCCAGAAGACAGUGCGUCCAUGAUAAACAUUUUUGAAAAGGGGUCUGUUUUAUCUGAGCGAGGAAACGAGGCUGCAGAGGGUGGAAGCACUUUGACAAGCAAUCUCAGAGUCGCUAAAGAUAUGUACUCUCGUGUGAAGAGUGUUAUGAGAAAGCGGGGAAAUACUAGUGGCCAGAGUGGUGAUAACUAUAGGGGUCGUUUGGAUGGAAAAGUGGAGGAGCGCAAUCGGGAGGAGCCGAGGCGAGAGAGGGAUUUGGAAUGCAGCCGAAAGAACCAAGUUGACCCUUUCGAAGAGGAUAGGUCGGCGUGCUACUCCCAGGUGGACAACUUGAGGUACUUGAACGCGAACAACUCCGUGUGCUCAUCGUACGGCAGGAAUGAUGAAAACGUAAUUCUUGCAAUGAAGGAGAUUAAGGAGUGGAUGGAGAAGAUAGAAGACAAGAUGAGCACCAUCUCCUGCGACAAGAGCGACCUGAAUGGGGUAGUAGGAAAUAAAGAACCCACAGAUACAAAGUACAACAAAAUUGUAGCCUUCCUAAUGAAAAGUGUCAAAAAUAACAUAAAGCUGAAGAAUAAGUGUAUAUACAGAAGCUGCUAUUUGAACAUACGAAAUCUGUACUUGUUAAAAAAAAAUGAAAAAGUUAAGUUUGAAAAUAAACUCCUGAUGAGGAAUUACGGAAAUUUAAAGUCUAAGUAUAAAAACGUACUCGUAAAUCUGUGUAAAAAGAACCUACUUAUAAAGUACUAUUCUAUAAAGGAUAAAUUUCAAUAUAGCAAGAAAUACGAAAAUAUGAUGAGACAUCUGCAACAAGAGAAGAAUGAUCUCCUGAGCAUUAUAGAAGAGAAGAAAUAUCAGGAGGAAAACAACCACAAUAUAAAUAUGAUGCUUUCGGAGGAACUAAAGAAAGCUCAGGAAGAUAAAGAGUCCAUUUUAAGCGAGAAAUUUUUCUACAAAAGUGAGACGGAUAAAUCUGCCACCAAGUGCAAGUUACUGGAGAAGGAGCUGGAGCGCCUGAAGGAGGAAUUAGAAUGCGCGAAACGGGAAAGUGAAAAAGCGAGAACGGGGACAGGGCAGAUCAAAUUAGAAACAGAACAACUGAAAAUGGAGAGGGAACAACUGAAAAUGGAGAGAGAACAACUGAAAAUGGAUAAGGAACAAUUAAAAAUAGAGACGGAACAACUGAGAAUGGAAACAGAAGAACGAAGACUAGAGAAGGAUGCGCUGAUAAAGGAACUGGGAGACACGAAGGCAAAAUACUUCAACCUGACGGGGAUACUAGAAGGAGAGGAAAAAAUGUACAGCCAAAAGGUAAAAGAGUUGGAAAAAAAAAUCGAAAAUCUGACGGAAGAAAAAAAUACACUCAUUAACGAAAUAAAAAACGAAAUUGAUAAUUUCACAAAAAUGCUAAAUGAUAAGGAAAUCGAAAAUGCCCAAAUGAAGGAAAAGCUUAAGGAAUUAAGAAAUGUGGAGGAGAAAUAUAAAGACACACAAAUAAAUUUUGAUUCACUUAAGAAAGAAUUUGAAAGGUCAUUCGAUGAAGUGCAAAUUAUUUUAAAAGAAAUGAUACAGAAGGAGAAGGAGUACACUAAGAAGUACAACAACUCCAUUAAAUCUUUAGAGACAGAACAUAAAAAAGUUGUAGAAAAACUACUCAAUGAGAAGGAGCAGUCUAUGAAAGAAACGAACUACUACAAAGAUGUAUGCCUUAGUCAAUGUAAUAGAAUGACAACCUUUGAUGAAAGUCUGACCGCAGCGGAAAAAUUGCUAAACCAUGUUUUAUCUCAGUACCCACAAUUAUUCAACGAAUUUAAAGUUACCUCCAGAAACAAUGUUUUAAAUAAAUCCUUUGGAAAAAUGCACUACGAAAAUAUUCAAUCUGUAAGGGAUAAUAUUAAGCUCAUUAGGAAGUCCUUAAGUCAAUUCAAGAUAAGCUUUAAAAAUAGUUCCUUCAACUUCCAAAUGGGUUCUGAUUACAACAGGAAGUAUUCUACCCACAAGAAGGCUAGCUUGUCAUCUAUCACGGGAAAUAAACGAAUGAAUAGCAUUAUGAGGUACUACGAGAACUACCACAAAUAUGCUAACCAUGUAGAGCAGACACCAUAUUGCGAAGACGAAUCUUCAUAUGCAGAGCAAUCUGGUAGGAGGAGAUCCAUCAGCAAUAACAGUGCCAGAAAUAUGUCCAUCAUAUCAAACAACAGUAAAAGCAACAAUUUGAAAAUCAAAAUAGAUUCGUACAAUGCACAACUACAGAGGAAUGUAUCCCAAAGUAGAUGCAGAAGUGGGUCUGUUAGUGGUAAGGAAAAUGUUUCCUCAUUAUAUGGUGAUUUGAAGAAAAAGCCUCCCAGCGGAAAGGAUGCGCAGGAUGAGGAGUCGACAAUUGGGGGAAAGGAACACGGCAACUUGGAUGACCAGCUAGCCGAAAGGGAUUCAUCAAGGUACACAAAAUCGAAGAGAGGAGAAGAGGGUGAGGAUACGCAGAAAGGUGGAUACCUUUCACCUGGAAAAACCUACGAUGAUGGGAUGGAGUGGCACGUAGACUCCAGGAAUAGUAUAAGGGGGGGUGUGAAUGGUAUGAACCACGUAAUUAGCCCAAACGAUAUGGACGAACUGAAUCAUAUCGAUAUUGUGAACAUGUACGAAGAGAGCGGAUACUUCAAGGAGGGGGAGGCCACGAAUGGGUGUCCGCAGGGUGCAUCGAACAUUCCCUCUGGAGCUGCGUCAAAUCCAGCGGGGACAAAUGUGGAGGAUAAUUUCGGGAAGAUCCAUCCAACCAAAACGGAAGGGGAAAAAAAAACGAUCGAGAAGGAGAACUAUGAGUUUGACAAAAACAACUUUAAGGAAAUCAUAUCCUUUAUAGAAAAAAACGUUAUAAAAAAUUCAGACACUCUAAAUACAAGUGAGAAGGAUAGAAAGAACGUAGAAAAUUUGAAGGGAGUUUCUGGAAAGGCAUCUCUGGGGGAGAACAGCAGGGGGGGAGGAGAGUCCAUGUGCAAAAAACAGGAACAACCAGAUGGUCAUUUUAAGGCAGAAGAUAAAAACAGAUCAGGCAUGAAGGCACAAGGAGAUCAGAAAAAUUCUUAUCAAUCCGCUGAUAGCAGAAAAAUAGGAAUGUCUAACUACAGAGAUAAAGUGAGUAGACCCAUUUCGGACGACAUCGUCAAAAGUGUUAGUAAUAACUCCAAGGCGAAUAAUGGGCAAGGUAGUAUUUCUAAUAGCAAAAGUGAUAACCAGAUUGGAUUGCCGAAUGGGCUGCAAAGAAACAGAACCAAUAAAUCGAACAACACGACAUCUGUGACGAAAGUGGUAGUAGGGAGCGCCAGGAAAAACUCCUCCAUGAUUUACGGAAAGGGAAUCGAAAGUGGCACCGUCGAUAAUAACAAUGAGGAUGCGGAGAAAAGGCAAAUCAAUACUAAUUAUAAAUACAAGGUUGUAGAUGACUCAAUUAAACAUUUAAGAAAAGAUAACACAGAUGUUCUGAAGUACGCGAAGGGGUCCAUAGUAAGGAAGAGUGUAACUUCAGACAAGGAAAGGAAUACAAGUAGCAACAUGAAUAAAUCAGCUCUUUCAAGGACCUAA